UUCGGCGGCGGAGAGUCAGAUAACUCGGACAUCGAGGCCUCGGCCAAGGAGGUGGCUAGCAGCGGCAUAACGGAACCGCCGGAGAACCGUCCCAAGAAGCGGGGCCGGAAGCCGGCCAACAGCCGCAAGUAGCCGCUCGACCACGUGGAGGCAGAGCGGCAACGGCGCGAGAAGCUGAACCAACGGUUCUACUCCCUCCGCUCCGUCGUUCCCAACGUGUCCAAGAUGGACAAGGCCUCCCUUCUCGCCGACGCCGUCACCUACAUCAACGAGCUCCGCUCCAAGACGCAAGCUCUGGAGUCCAACAACCGAGGGCUGCAGUCGGAGCUCAGCGCCCUCAGGACGGAGAGCGAGUCCGCGGGGAGCUCGGCGGCCCACCGCGACCCGAAGACGACCGAGACGAACGGGAGCGGGCGGUGCGGCGGCGAGGUGGACGUGGAGGUGAAGAUAGUGGGCUCGGAGGCCAUAAUUCGAGUGCAGUGCGACAGGAGGAGCCACCCGCCGGCGAGUUUGAUGGUGGCGCUAAAAGAGCUUGACCUCGAGCUUUAUUACGCCAACAUCUCGGUGGUGAAGGAGCUCAUGAUCCAGCAAGCGACGACGAAGAUGACGACCCGGGUCUACUCUCAGCAGCAGCUCACGGCCAAGCUGUUGGGCAGAAUGAUUGCAGUGUUGGACUGACAGCCAAUG